AUGACUACGAUUGUCACGCUGGUGAGCCGCCGUGAUCGCCUUGGGAGGCGACGCUGGCAGGGGAUGCUGGGGAACCAGGCAGCGAACAGAAGGGAGGAGGAGGAGGAGGAGCAGGAGGAGCAGGAGGAGCAGGAGGAGCAGGAGGAGCAGGAGGAGGAGACGGUAGACAAGGAGGAUCAGGGUAACAGCAACGUCUUUCAAACUCUUGCCGAUGGCCUUUCAGCUACAUGGAACAACGUUUUCAGCGAGUCUUCGGUCAAGGCAGCGGCGGAGGAGCCAGCAGGUGUCGGGAUUGCAUUUUCGACGACUUCGAUCCCUGAUGGAGACGGAGUGGAAGCGUCUCGACUCGUCGUGGUCGGGUUAGAAGAAGGAGGCGUCGCUUUCGGAACAAGCAAGAUCGAGAUGGGUGACGUCCUUUUGAAGAUAGGAAAGACGGAAGUGCACGACUGCCCCCCUCAUGUCCUCGCAAGAAUGCUCCUCGGGAAGCCAGGAUCUGUCGUCUCCCUUGUUCUCCACCGCGUCUUGUACUGUCCCGCUCUCCAGCACCCGCUGGGUCAGAGCUGGACUCGGCCUAUUACAGGCUAUGUCAAGGGAGCCGUGCACAACAGGAAGGGAGCGAGUCGAGGGAGGCUCAUGGCGAUGUAUCCCAGCCAUUCCCUGCCGGAGCCGCUAGAGGAUGAGUUGGAAGACGAAGAUUCGUUCAGUGAUGCUGCGACCUCGCAGAAGCUGUGGCCGAUGGGACUGAGCACCGAGGAGGUGAAGCAGAUACGAGGAGCCGAGGAGGAGGAGGCCGUCGCUCCGACUGGACGCUACGUCUUCGCCUACAAGGUCAAGCUUGCUAGACGGCAUCCGAGCAACGACUUCCUUGACGGCCAAUCGCUCCAGAAGGUUCUGAUAGCGGAGUUGCAGGCGUGCAAGAGGCUGGGGAUGAUCGAAGGGCCGGUUGUGCAGAGCAAAGUCAAGGAGUACUACAAGGGCGGAUGGUGUCUUGUGUACUCAGGCCGGCACAACGAGCGGUUCAAUGUCGUUGAAGCCCUCCUUGACCAUCUGGCAUUCGACGAGAAGAGCGCCAGGAAACGAACAUACAUUCCUACGUAUCUCCUUAGUAACAAGGUCAGCCUCGCCUUCUUGGAUGACAUGAACGGGAGCGCUCGGGAAUAUUCGCGUUAUAACAAGGGGAUGAAGGUACGAAGGGUCAGAACCAAUGACUCGAGCUUCAUGGAGGUUGUGCUGGAGAAUUCCGAGCACUUCUACAAGAUACGGUCAUGUCAGACGUUGAUCGGAGCGAUCAAGGAGGAGAUGAACUCGUGGUAUGAGGUGAUCCGGGCAGGCAUCGAGCUCUGUUUCGACGAGAAUAGACCUAGCUUUAUGCAGGCUCGUUUUGAAGCGAUGGAACGAGCGCGAAACACUAAACGACUCAGUAUCUUUUGA